AUGAUUAAGCUACUGUCAAGAUCAAGAAAGAAAGUAACCAUAUAUUAUGCUUCAGUAGCACUAUGGGCACUAUUGAUUCUCACGUGGUACCACUACAACUACAACUACAACUACAAGUCUGAAACUUUACUCAACCACUCAAUAUAUGACAUGUAUGACGACCAUUAUAAUAACCAACAACCAUCGAGUCCAAAGCUAUCCGGAACUUCCAACACAGGGAAAAAAUUCCCACCAUCACUAGCAGACACAGCCACAGAAACCGAUUCAUUAGCUGAAAAUGGAGAUGAUGCUGUUGAUGGAGAUGACUUGCUAUUCCCUAAUUUCAAAAACACAACAGUAUACCAAAACCUACUUGAUGAUUACAACCUUUCCAAACAAAUUGAUUUCCACUCAACGGUAUACGACUCAAUUUUCCAACAUCAUUCCAUGGAUUCUGUAUUGGGGAAUUUGAAUUUCCAACAACGAUGUGACUUGUUUUUCAAACACAUCUUUUUGAAUAACCCAAAUUGGAUAUUCGACCCUACUGAGAACUAUAAUGUGGUUUGGGGUGCUCCCUUUGAAACGUACAAGAAGAUGCACAAGGAAGAAUUGGAAAAGGCGUACGCGAAACAGUUACAGUUGAAGCAGCAGCAGGUGCCGAUAAAGGAACCAACUGAAGUGGAAUUGCAUCUAAAGUUGCAGAGACUUCAGCGUCUUGAACGUCAAAAGGAACAAGCUUUGAAGGUGCAGAAUGCCCAGCCCAUGAAACAACAGAAUCAACAGAAUCAACAGAAUCAAAAACAGCAACAAGGCGGUCAGAAUCUGCCAGUACAACAACAAAAUCAAUAUGGACCUCUCCAAAACAAUUUGAACCCUAGAGACGUUGUUGCUCUGUUUGUUGACACUCCCGACUACAAAGAAUUCCAGCGCAGCUCAUACACCAAAUGGAAAUCGCACGAACUGGAUCAGAAAAUAGUUGACAAUGUCAGUGUGUUGCGAUUAUACAACAAAUGCUACUUGAGCAAUGACGAACCUAAACAACAACAACAAACUGCAAAAUUUAUCAAGCAGCAGAAAUCAGUAAUACGGCAAAUUGACGAUGAUAGGUCACAAAUUCCCAAAUUCGUUACAUCUGAACCUGAACAGCGCAUUGCUGAUGUUGACUUUAGUGAAGUUUUCCAGCGUCGUGUGUAUCCUUGGCUUUCUUAUGAGUUACCUGUGUUUGAACGAUGGACGGGUGAAAUUUUCAACUCGCCACCAAAUUACCGUGACAUUCUCAAUGACCCCACUCAGCCAUUGGCCAAAUCUUAUUCCUCCUCGUCAUCAUCGUCAUCGGCAUCAUGGCCAACAUCAUUGAAACAGUCAAACAAUUUCCUCCGAAACUUUAAACAUGCUUGUCAAGGAAAGGGUAUAGUUUUGUCCAUUGCUGAUAAGCACGUUGAGUAUACUGUCAGUCUCAUCCAUUUGCUUCGAGCAUUGAACAACAAAUUACCCAUCCAGAUUGUCUAUCAUGACAAUUUGAACGAUGACACAAAGAGACAAAUUGUUACUGCUGCCCGUGAGGAUUUCUCCCAUUUACCCCAAUCCUUCCAAAAGAUAGCCCACUUGUUCCCCCUGGAUUAUCUUGAUCCUAAGUCAAAAGGGUUACCCAAACAGGAAGUAUGGUUUGUCAAUACGGCCAGUGUGAUUAAUGAACGGUACAAGCUGCAAUUUGGUGGGUUUGCCAAUAAGUUAUUGGCGACUUUUUUCAAUUCUUUUAAUGAGAUGAUGGUGAUUGAUGCUGAUACUGUGAUGAUGCAGGACCCAAAAAAGUAUUUCCAACUCCAGGGGUAUAAAGAUACCGGUACUUUUUUCUUUCGUGAUCGUGCUGUUAUUCAAAAUCGUCAUUUACUGGAUGGUCAAUUCUUCCACAAGAUUAGCCAAUCUACCGUUGACUCACUCAUGUUUGAUGUUCCGUUGCUUACCGACUUCACAUUACGUCGUGAUUAUUUCCGAGGAUUACUACACACAAUGGAAUCAGGAAUGGUUUUAAUCAAUCGUCCAUUGCACUUCAACUCCAUCUUGAUGGUUGUCCAUAUGAAUUUCAUGCAUCCAUUGAAACGCUUAUCGUAUGGGGACAAGGAACUUUACUGGCUUGGUUUUGCGCUUGCUGGUGAUGAAAAUUACCAUUUCAACAAACAUGGCGCUGCUGCCAUUGGCGAAAUGACUAAUCCUCAUGAACGACCAAGACCAGAUGGCACAUUGCACAAUUCGAAAGAAUUGUGUUCGCCACACCCGGGACACAUUAGUGAAGAAAACAAUCAUACUUUACUAUGGAUCAAUUCCGGUUUCAGGUUCUGCCAUCAAGCACCAAUGGUCAAUUUCAACAAGGAGAUUACAUUUGGCAGUAGAUUGAAAUCACUUCCUCAGACAAUAGAAGCCUUCAGAGCGUUCUACUACAGUCCAUUGAGAAUCAAGACGGCGAUUGUACCUCCACAAGACCCCGAGAUCCACCAUCGAAGAAACAUUCAAGACGAACCUACGCAUGGUUGGUUAAUGGACCAGAACUAUUGUCAAAAGUAUCUUUGGUGCGGGUAUCUGUCUAUUGGUGGGAAGGUUAAUGAUCAUGAGGAUAAUACGAUGGAAGGGUUGGUGAUUGAAUAUGGGCCUAAAGAGCGGGCAAUGUUUGAUUAUUUGGGUGAUAUCUGGAUUGGUGUGGAGUGA